AUGUGAGUGGCUUUGGUGAGGAGUUGCCGUCCGAUUUUGUUGGAAGAGUCCUGCUUUGAAGAUAAUCCACUUUGCAUCUCUCCUUGGUCCCACGGCGGAAUGUAAGGUGGCAGAAACCUUCGAACACGCCAAGAAUCCAUUCAAUUUUGCUCCUGCUUUGAGUCGUUUGGGUGCACGUCGAGGCCUGCUUAGUUUAGCCUAGCCUAGCCUAGCCGCUAACAAAGAGAACAAACACCGCGCCUGGGAUCAACACGUCGCUGAGCAACCAAACCUCAAGUCCCAAAAUGUCAGAUGUUGGUGAAGCGCAUCGUCCUGGAUGCCAGGAGUCUGCUCGCACGGAAGAAGAAGAGGAGGAGAAGGAGGAAGAAUCGCUACACGUCAAGAAGUUGGUGGAAGAAUCCGUCCACGUUAAAGAGGAGCAGAAGGACUAUUUCAUUAGAGUGGAGAACCCCCACAUUGAGGAGCAGCAGCAACCUCAUCCCCUCAAAAAUGAGGACCCUCCAUAUGUUAAAAUGGAGGUGAUGGACAUCCCCAUGUGGACUGGUGAGCCCUUGAAGGGUAAAGAUGGAGGUCUGAGUGAGGCCAGCAGAGGGGCGGAGCCUUCGAGUGCCAGCAGCAGCAGUUCAAAAGAAGGAUUCCAAACAGACAAACUCUUCGCUCGGCCAUCAGAGAGUGACGACAAUACAUCACACUCGCUGUUCUGUUUCAGCAAAUAUCUUGGUCCUGACGCUCAACAGCUAAAGCGAGAAGUACAACUUCCAAUCGAAAAGGAGGAGGUAGAGCUGCCAUACAUUAAAGAGGAGGACAAUAUUACCAUGUCGACUGCUGAGCCAUUGAAUAGCGAGGAUGGUCUGAGUGAGGCUAGCAGAGGAAUGGAGUCUCCAAGCAGCAGCUCAACAGAAGGAUCGCGAGCACACAUUUUCAUCGCACCAUCAGAUAGAAAUGGCGCCACGUCAGACUCACCUUGCAAAGAUGAUGGUCAUAAGAAAUCUCACCAAACCUUUGCUAAUAACUAUACUUGUCGUAUGCAUAUGAGGAGCCACACUGGUGAAAAUCCUCUUGUCUGCUCAGUUUGUGGCCAAGGCUUCACUCGCAAGUACACCUUAAAAAUACACGAAAGAACCCACACCGGUGAAAAACCUUUUUCCUGCCCAGUUUGUGGUCGAGGUUUCGCUAAAAUGCAUAACUUACAAAUACACGUAAGAACGCACACCGGAGAAAAACCUUUUUUCUGCUCAGUUUGUGGUCAAGGAUUCACUCAAAUUCACCACUUAAAAGUACACACAAGAACCCACACUGGUGAAAAACCUUAUUUCUGCUCAGUUUGUGGUCAAGGAUUCAGUCAUAAGAGUGGCUUAAAAGUACACACAAGAACCCACACUGGCGAAAAACCUUUUUCCUGCUCAGAUUGUGGUCAAGAAUUCAGUCAUAAGAGUGGCUUAAAAGUACACAUAAGAACCCACACUGGUGAAAAACCUUUUUCCUGCUCAGUUUGUUGUCAACGGUUCAGUCAUAAUAGUGCCUUAAAAGUACACACAAGAACCCACACUGGUGAAAAACCUUUUUUCUGCUCAGUUUGUGGUCAAGGAUUCACUCAAAUUCAACACUUAAAAGUACACACAAGAACCCACACUGGUGAAAAACCGUUUUCCUGCUCAGUUUGUGGUCAAAAAUUCGCUCGCAAGGAUCGGAUUAAAAGACACGUGUGCAUUGUUGUCAGAAGCAGUGGCCAAUGACUGUAGUUUCCCCUACAUUCAAAACAUUGUGGCACACUGCCACACCAAAAUAAAAGCCGCCACACCUGGCAAAAAAGAUUUUUUUUUUUAAAGUAUGUUUCAAAUUUAGCAUCAGCCUAGUGUGCAGGGUUCAGCGGCAACCUAUUCAUUGUAUUCAUGGCCCCCUUAAGAGACGAGCUGUGACGUAGAAGAAGGAAGCGAGAAAGAGAACGGGUGAGCUUGCGAGAGAUAGCAGUCGCACAUUUCCGCUGUUAUUUCGUUAUUCUUUUUCUUUAUUAUUGUUGCCACAAUAAAGUGGGUAGGCCAAUAAUGACUCCUCUCCUUCUUCCCACCAUCUGGGGCAUUACAGUAUUUUGGAUCGGACUUUUCGGCGAAAGUGACAGCUGUCUUGGUCGGAAUGGCAAGUUUGAAUGAAGUUGCACCGAGAGGCGGGGCCCAAAAUAGUCUUGCUCUAUUUCAGAGCGCCGCUGCGCUACAGUCAAAAACGCAUUCAAUAGCAGAGGGGCUGGCGUACUUAAAUCUGUGCUAUCAGGCUGUUACGACAGUCGGAUGUUCGCAAUCACGGCGAUGAAACCUUGAUGAAUGCCCUUUUUUUCCCCACAAGUUUUGCAAGCUAAGGGACACUCGAAAAAUGGCUCUCAUACCUCUCCUUUCUAAGCUAAAUCAAAAUGGUACCUUGAUGUGCGUUUGUGUGGAAAUAUAGUUCACGAACAAAAAAAAACUAUUCACCUUCUCACCUGAACUACAUAGCAAUUAGAAUUUCCCCCUACUCCUUGAAACGGGUCCAUUACAAGUGUGUAGAAUUGGUGUCAAUAUUUGUAGGGACGAUAUAACAGCAUAACCUGCAUGUAUACUUUUUGCUGGGGACGGAACAUUAAUAAAACCAAACAGAUUAGGUGAACGGGGGUCAUGGCUACAUUUCUCACCAAUAUAAACCUAAUUAAUUGAUGUGCUAAAUGAUCAAUGCAAAAAUAAAUCUGUUUUGACUUGUACCAACUUUCACACUGCAAAUUUAUAACGUCUUAAUAUGAUAAUUUUUCUUAAAUCUAGUCGAAUAAUUUUCUCCAACCUGUUUUGAGUGUUAAAGACUAGCUAACAGAUUAAUGGGUCAGAUUAUUCAAUUUAUUUCAGGUAAAUAUUACCAUUUGUUCUUAUUAAGCCCAUACAUCCAAAGGUUGGUCAUUUUUCACCAAAAUCAAGGGGAAAAAUGCUUUCAAAUAAUGUUUUGAACAAUAUCAAUUCUUGAAUUAAGAACAUUUCUGACAAAAAAGCUUUUUUUAAGAUUAAGUAUACUCAAUUUUUGCCUAAAAUAUAUGUUAAGAAAAAUAGCUAGCGGAAAAUAAUCUUACUUCAAGAAAUCUGAGUAAAAUUGACUUGAAGCAAUGGCAAAUAAUUUCAAUUAUUCCUAGUAGAUUUGGACUGAAAACGAGGGAAUUUAACUAGUCAUCAGCUAAUAAAAACGUGCGUUUGAGGGGGAAAAAUGGUGUCCGUGUAAGUCUGAACAUAAUGAAAGUAAUUCACUUCAUAAUGGUAGGGUCAAUUCUGUCCUUACAAAAUAAAUGAAGACGAUCUAAAUUACCUCUAUAACUGAACUCAUUAUAAAAUGGAAAUAAGGUUGCUCAAAAGUUGGUGGGGAAAUUUCCCAGUGUUAUGUCCCUAAUGUCCCUAUGCAAACCUACACCAUUGGUCCAUUAACAGAAGGGCUAUUAUUGUUGUGGUAAUAUAGUACAUAUUGGGGUCAAAUAAAAGGAAAAAGAAGGACAACGAGAUGUUAAGUUUUACUGUUGCUACGAGGAAACAAAAGUCGGAUUAUUAUGUCGGGUAAUGUGGCUGUAAUCAGCUACGCAUUUUACGUUCAUGUACAGUAGCUGAGAGCUAUGACAUUAGCCUGACUAAUAAAAUAUUUCCAAUAGAUCUUUGUCAUGGUUCUUCUUGGGGGAAAAAUGUCAUUUGUGACACAUUUUUGCAGUGGCACGACAUGGUGAGGCUGUCCGACUCCGAUGCAGCCCACCACCACAGCUUCAAAAAAUCCUAGGGGAAACCCUGGACUGUUUUGCCUGUCAUCCAAGCUACCUUCAUCAGAUUGUGCACGCAUGUCAAUUGUAGUCUGUAGAGUUUCCUCAAAACCUGUUUAGGUUUGGCAGUACUGGUGCCUUACAUUGGGGCAAAUAAGUAUGUAGUCAACCACUAAUUGUGCAAGUUCUCCCACUUGAAAAUAUUGGCGAGGCGGUUAAUUGUCAACAUGGGGAAACCUCAACCAUGAGAGACAGAAUGUGGGGGAAAAAAAACAGAAAAUCACAUUAUUUGAUUUUUAAAGAAUUUAUUUGCAAAUCAUGGUGGAAAAUAGGUAUUUGGUCAAUACCGAAGUUCAUCUCAAUACUUUAUUAUAUACACUUUGUUGCCAAUAACGGAGGCCACACGUUUUCUGUAACUCUUCACAAGCUUUUCACACAACGUUGCUGGUAUUUUGGCCCAUUGCUCUAUGCAGUUCUCAUCUAGAGCAGUGAUGUUUUGGGCUGUUGUUGGGCAACACGGACUUUCAACUCCCUCCACAGAUUUUCUAUGGUGUUGAGAUCUGGAGACUGGCUAGGCCACUCCAGGACCUUGAAAUGCUACUUACAAAGCCACUCCUUUGUUGCCCUGGCUGCUUGUUUGGGAUCAUUGUCAUGCUGACCCAGCCAUGUCUCAUCUUCAAUGCUCUUGCUGAUGGAAGGAGAUUUACACUCUAAAUCUUUCGAUACAUGGCCCCAUUCAUUUAUUUCCUUUACACAGAUCAGUCGUCCUGGUCCCUUUGCAGAAAAAAAGCCCCCAAGCAUGAUGUUUCCACCCCCAUGCUUCACAGUGGGUAUGGUGCAAUUGGGAUGCAAUUCAAUAUUCUUCCUCCUCCAAACACGAGAACCUGUGUUUCUACCAAAAAGUUCUAUUUUGGUUUCAUCUUACCAUAACACAGUUUCUCCCAUUCCUCUUCUGGAUCAUCCAAAUGCUCUCUAGCACAGACGGGGCUGGACACGUCUGGCAGUGCAGGAUUUGAGUCCCUGGCGGCGCAUUAUGUUACUGAUAGUAGCCUUUGUUAUUGUGGUCUCAGCUCUCUGUAGGUCAUUCACUAGGUCCCCCCGUGUGGUUCUGGGAUUUUUGCUCACCGUUCUUGUUAUCAUUUUGACGCCACGGGGUGAGAUCUUGCAUGGAUCCCCAGAUCGAAGGAGAUUAUCAGUGGUCUUGUAUGUCUUCCAUUUCCUAAUAAUUGCUCCCACAGUUGAUUUCUUUACACCAAGCGUUUUACCUAUUGCAGAUUCAGUCUUCUCAGCUUGGUGCAGGUUCACAAUUUUGUCUCUGGUGUCCUUCGACAGCUCUUUGGUCUUGGCCAUAGUAGAGUUUGGAGUGUGACUGAUUGAGAUUAUAGACAGGUGUCUUUUAUGCUGAUAAUGAGUUAAAACAGGUGCCAUUAAUACAGGUAACGAGUGGAGCCUCGUUAAACCUUGUUAGAAGAAGUUAGACCUCUUUGACAGCCAGAAAUCUUGCUUGUUUGUAGGUGACCAAAUACUUAUUUUCCACUCUAAUUUGGAAUAAAUUCUUUAAAAAUCAAACCGUGAUUUUUUUUUUUUUUUUCAUGGUUGAGGUUUACCCAUUUUGACAAUUAAAGGCCUCUCUAAUCUUUUCAAGUCUGAGAACUUCCACAAUUAGUGGUUGACUAAAUACUUAUUUGCCCCACUGUACAUGUGCUUUGUCCAAUCCUUGUACGAUGUGGAUCCACACUCUUGCCAAAAGUAUUGCCUCACCUGAUUUAACUCUAAAGUUGAGUGGCAUUAUUUAUUCAAUACUCUCCCUCUUUCAAACUACACUUUUCAUGGCUAAUAUUUGAAACGGUAUACCCCAAAUUACAAAAAAAUCUAAAUCAUUCAUCAAUAAUAUAAUUACAUAAAUAUGGAAAAUUGUGAUUGGCUCACAAAUAUUAGUUUUUUUGGGGAGGGGUGAUUUAUAUAUCAUCAGUAAAAGUCAUCAGUAAAAUCCUUCCAUUGAUUAUAAUUUGGUGUAGAUGAGCGAAAAGAUAACGGCUUUCCUUAUUUUGGAAACUGAUUGUAAAACACAGCCUCACGAGAUGCUUUCAUUAUUGUUGACUUUCGUGGAGGCGGCAAAGCGCUACAGAAAGUACGUGGCUGCUUAUUCAGCCACAUUACGCCUGCGUAACAGGAAUACAUUUUUUUCCUCCUAGUCACAGUACGACUAUAAUCUCGUAGUCCUCUUUUCUUUAUUUUGGCCUACUACUUGGUCGUACAAAUCGGACAAUGAUGAGUAAAAUUGUUUGUGCUUUUAAUCAUUCCGGCCCACGUCGAUGAAAAUCUCGACUCUGCUUCGAAUUUUCAAAUGCUUGUACUUCACUGUGCUUGUUCAUUUUAUUCAUUAUAAAUAACUUGUUUUUAUUCAUUCCUAGCCUCCUCUUCCCUUUGUUCAGAAUAGGCCUAAUUAUGAUUAUAGUAUUGUAACUCAAAACUAGGGUUGUAACUAAAACCAAUACUUCGUUACCAAGUUGAUUCUAAGAUCCAGAAAGUGUGGCAGGACUGCCUUUUCUGCAAUACCCGAAGUAUCACCGGUACCGACGCAGCAGAUCUGGCCACUUCUUUUGUGUGGGAUACUCGGCGACACAAAUUGCUGGAAAAGCAGUCAUUUACACCGCUAAAUGGGGGUUGUAAAUGAGCAGUUAUAUGGUAACCCACGGUGUACUAAAGAACGAGAAAAACAGUCAAUGUACGCAACCUUUUUUUCCAGAUAAAAUCCCUAUUUUAGGACAACAUAACCUUCAUGUCCAAACUGUUGUUUUCUUCAACCAAUUUUUUUUUUUAGACAAAAAUCAAAACAUUUUUGUCAAAAUUUGUAAUAUUGAUGUCCCAUUGACAACCAACGAACGACGAAAUGUUUUUAAGUAUUUAAACGUAUUUUAAGUAUUUAACGCAGUACUUCUCAAAUAGUGGGGCGUGCCCCCUAGGGGGGGCGCAGAGCGAUGCCAGGGGGGGCGCAUGUGACC